AUGACAUCUCUUCCUCCGACAUACAUCUCCAUGGAAAUUGACGAUGACCCAACGAGUAACGAUGCGGCGAAGGACAAUGCCACGGUGGUGACCGCCCAGCCACACCCCACAUUGGCGGAGUAUGAGCGGCUCUUUGGCGUCGACGAGGACGCGUAUGAGCAGCCAACCACCACCCGGAAAGAACUUUGGUCAUACUACCUCUAUUACAAUGGUGAUAAUGGGGUUGGUCCAGGCUCAUACAGCCAAGCUCUCUUCCAGUGGGCCUUGAAUGGCGCCGGACAUCAACCUGGUUCGAACCCACCAAAAGCUUGCACCGAUUCAUCGGCAUGUGUAGUGCCGUGGGCGCGAGGCACAAGAUCCGUUUCUUCGGUGGUUCUUAUCGCAAAUGGUCUUUGCUUCGCUUUUAUGACAGUGAUAUUCGUCUGGCUAGGAAGCGCUGCGGACUAUGGCACAUUCGGACGAUGGCUUCUUUUAGCGUUGACGGUAGUCUGCUGGGCCCUGCAGUACGGCAUGAUAUCCAUCCGACACCCAAGCCAAUGGCCGGCCGCGAUGGGAAUGUACGUCGUGGCAUACAUUGCCUAUGGUGCAACCCUAGUGUUCUAUGCCGCUGUGUUUCCCCGCCUUGCGCGGUAUACGCCGCAUGUCCGUAAAGCGAGGGAAGAGGAUCUCAGAGAGGGAACCAUCGACCAGGAGGAAUAUGAUGCCAUUGAAUCUCUGGAAAGAAAUCAUAUCAGCAACAUCUCAACUGCACACAGCAACAUUGGCUACCUUCUCACCCUCGUGCUCAAUCUGAGUGUCUUACUUCCGAUGCAAAACAAUAAUUUUGCGAAUAACCUCGCACUUUGUCUCACCAACUCAUACUGGGUCGUGCUUGGAAUUUGGUGGUUUAUCUUCCAGCAGAAAAGGCCAGGUCCAAAGAUACCUAAAGGGUCAAGCUACACUACCAUUGGUUUCAAGCAAAUCUGGCUGGCCAUUCGAGAAAUCAGAUCUCUUCCACAGACAUUUUUGUACUUUUUCGCCUAUUUCCUUCUUGCUGAUGGCCUCAACACUACUGGUGAGUUGAUAUUUUCUUUGGUCGCAAACGCGCUCGAUACAUUUCCACGCGAUAACUUACCAGCAACAGGUACUCUUGUCAGCAUCAUCCAAAACGAUUCUGUUUCGUUUUCCUUCCUGCAGAUUACCUAUCUCGGCAUUACUCAAGCCGCCUGUUCAAUCACCUCAACGUUCGGCUUUUGGUAUAUACAGCGAUACUUCAAGUUCAAAACGAAAACCAUGUUUUUGUUCACGAAUUUCUUCAGUGUUUUCAUCCCAUUUUGGGGCAUGCUGGGACUGUGGACCCAUCGCAUCGGGUAUCACAAUAUGUGGGAAUUCUAUUUCUACAACGUUAGCUUCGGUCUCUUCCAGGCCCCGUAUUAUGCGUACGCCCAAACGAUGAUUAGCGAACUAAUGCCUCACGGCUAUGAUAAUAUGUUCUUCGCGCUAUUUGGAAUAACCAACCGUGCUUCUUCAAUCAUCGGUCCCAAUGUCAUUCAAGCCAUCAUUAACAAUACUCGAAAUAACUGGAUGGGCUUCCCAUUUUUAUUCGCCAUCUGCACUGGCGCUAUGAUCGCUAUCUGGUUUGUGGACAUCAAGAAGGGUCGUGAGGACUGUCGGAGAUUCACCGAGCAGCGCAAAAUCGACCGUGUGGCGGCAGAAAGUGGUUUAAAUGCCGAUGAUAUUGCAAAGGGGAAACUUUUUGCUGGUGAACAUGUCCCUGGAGUAGAAAGUUGGCACGCGAGCGGUUCGGCGAGGGAUUAA